AUGGCGAAGGGUUCGGGGCAGCUGGAGCAGGGGCAGGUAAAGAAGGCGGUGGAGGCUCUCCUGGCGUUCGCCAGAAGUAAGGCCAAGGGGAAGGCGCUGCUCCUCAACGAGAGCGAGAACGUCCACCUCCUGGUGACGGUCUGGAAGGUACCGCGCGUGGCGAAGGUCAUCACAAUACCACUGCCCCACAGCAUCCGACCAGAAACAGCUGAGGUUUGCCUCUUCACAAAGGAUGAGCCAAAUUUAUCAGCGGAACAGACUGAAAAUCUGUACAAGAAGCUUUUAAUCCAGAAUGGGAUCCGGAGUGUUAACCAGAUCAUCUCAUACAAAACUCUCAAAAAAGAGUAUAAACUAUUUGAAGCAAAGCGUCGCCUCCUGAACAGAUUUGAUCUCUUUCUGUCUGAUGACCGCAUCAGAAGGCUCUUGCCCUCGCAUCUAGGAAAACACUUUUAUGAAAGGAAGAAGACACCUGUAUCUGUAAACCUGAAAGCCAAGAAUCUCGCUAAGGAAAUUAAUAAACAUAUCCAGGGGACUACGCUCCCAGUUACCAACAAAGGGUGCUGUUAUACAGCACGUAUAGGUCACACCGGAAUGAAAGCUGAUGAGAUCCUACAUAAUGUCAUUGCAGCAGCUGAGGUGAUUGCUAAGAAGUUACCAAAGAAUUGGAAAAAUGUCAAAAUUCUUCACCUCAAAACACUUAAAUCAGUUGCACUUCCAAUUUUUACUGCAAAUGUCUCCAACUUGGAUGAGCUUGACAGACAGCCACCUGCAAGAAAAAAAGAAGAAGGAAAGAACAAGAGGCCCAAGAGCAAGAAGGCAUCUAAAAAAAUGAAGUCAAGUCAAGUCAGAUCAACAGCUGAAAUUAAUAAUGCAGCUGCUGCUACCAAGGACCUUGAGAUAAAAGAAAAAGAAAUAGUCCAAGAACCAGGUGAUCAUGAUGAUGAAGAAAUUCCACAACUGGUGCCUAUACAAACAACCAUCUUAGAUCAUCUGGAGAAAAUGAAAUCAAGUGCAGGAAAACUGAGCAAAAAAACUAAAUCACCCCUUGGUAAGAGAAAAAAACAACCUCAGGCUCUGGAGACUCCAAAACCAAAACAUAAAGUUACAGAAGAGUAUGUUGACCUCCAGCCAUCACCAAAACAGAAAAAAGCCAAGCAGCCCAGCAUGCCAAAGGAAGCAAUAAAAGGGAAAGAGCUUAAAAAGACUCCCAAAAAGCCUGAAGCAAAGUCUUUUGCAGCACCUAAAACUGGCAAAUCAAUAGAGUCAGCCAAGAAGUCUUCAAAAACACCAAAGCAAGCACGCAAGAAAACACACAGGCCACAGUCAGCUUGAAUGUUGUUUGUUGUAACAGAUUUUACAUAGUCAUUCAGUGGUAUCAUUUUAGUAGGCAAAUAUAUUAAUGAAGUAAAACACCUUAAGAAAAUUUAAUCCAAGAACAUUUUUCACC